GCACGCGUGUCUGAAAACAUCGACAAAAUAGUCAACCAUCGUGUAUCCAUCGUUGAGUUGCAGCACCCACGUCCGUCCGCGCGCUCAACCCGCAGAAAAAGCGCCAUUUGGAUAAGCAGACGAUUACGCGUUUCGGACAAAGAAAAACUUCAAGAAAUCCAAGAAACUGCCCUUGAAAAUUCAGGACUUGGAGAUCUCAGUGAGAUGAGAGACAAGGAAAUCUGCACCUCCCAACGCGAACUACUUCUUCAAAACGGAUGACCGUCCCACUGGACGGGCUGUAACAUAUAUUCCACAUACAGACUGACUGAGAAGCCGAGUUCACUAUAAAUUACGGCCAGUUUUAAUGGAUUCAGUUUUCCCCCUCCCCUUUGUACUCUUCCCUGAACUCCGUGGCUUCUGUGGAAUCGCGUGUACCGGAAUGCUCCAUUUUGAAGGUCUAGCAAAUACCGAUUUGGGCUUCGGUUUUUCACCCAACUCACAUCUUUCCAGAAAGUAGCAUGUUUGAGAAUCGAAUGGAGCAAGAUCACGUGGUGUACAUCCGGAAGCGCACGUGCGUGAAAUAUCUGCACCAGCCAUGCACAGUAGUUGAGCGCAACGUAGGUGGUCGUUCCUAGCAGCCAGAUGCAAGGGUGUGACAUUAUUUGCGUCUGAAACAUCUACUAGAGCUCGGUUACAUAAAAGAAGACGGAUGAUUUCAAAGUGUCCGUUAAGAGCAGCAUAGUGCAUAGGUGAUCUACCGACAGCGUCUUUACAGUUCGGAUCAAUUCGUUCAUGCAUUAUGCGAGAAGCAGCCGCAAGGUUACCGUCAGCGGCUGCCUUACACAAGGCUUCCUCCAUGUAGGAAUAAGGCUUCAUAUAUGUAGGCUUCCCAUCAUGCUCCAUUGUAGUAACAAAAUACUUCGCUAGACGAAUGGCAGGUUAGUACAUCAAAGUC